UGCAACAAAAUACAUUGCCUACAUUCACUGAGAAAUGGCUCAAGAUAUUCAUUCAAUAUUCUGAGCACUGUAUGUGCCUAUAUGUUAUGCACCCUAUUGACAACUGACAUUCAAAAUGAUAAAAUAUUUAAAAAAGUCACUUUAUCCCGAUCAUCCAUUAAGUUGCCUUGAUGAAAGCUCAAUCAGGCCAGUGCCCUGUGUUUCCUGAAGACACAGGGGAGCCCAAGAUCCAAACACACACACGCACAUAUACACGCGCGCUCACGCUCACGCUCGUGCUCAAGUAAAACGCCUCUCGUAUGGCUGCUGCGGCCACUCCUCCUGGAACAACAGCCCUCUCUGUGUUCUCCUCCGCCGUUAAAUGACACAAUAACGACUAAAAAGUGAUGUGCAGCGACUUUAAAGCACUCCGGCUUAUCUGCAACUUCCCGCAUGAGGUGUCUGUCCGCGGCGUCGUCCUCAAUCCGCGGCGUCGGGACUCGAGAAAUCUGCUGGAAUACAAAACGCGCUUCCUUCAAGCAGUUGUGUAUUCAUACUCUCGACAGAAACCUUUAACUUAAUACACGGAUUACGAGGGCUCUUAAACAAUCUGAACGGAUGUGUUUUAGCUUUAAACAGCGAUCUGACCUUGGAAUAAAACCUCGUUGCAUCUUAAAAGCCUUUAUUAUUGUACUUAAGCUCUUCAGGACACACGAUCCUUACGCACUUUUGACUAAAGCGUGAGUAGCAUUAACGCACCAGGACAGUUUGCAGCUGCUUUCACAUAGAACCGACCAGUUCAUGUAUUUGUUUGAGCUAUUAGGGGUGUAAAGGCACCGAGUUGUUGCACAAAGCAACUAAAGUCUUUGUCCCGGAGUCCUUGGAGAGAUGGAGGGACAGGACGGCAAAGGGAAUAAUGACUGUAAUCGGAAAGAAGACAAGAGGUUUGCGCUGUGGUACAUGGGCUGGUCGGCUCUGGACAGGCGGACCACGCUACCCAUGCUGCCGUGGCUUGUGGCGGAGAUCCGGAGGAAAAGUGAGAAGAACGAGUCCGGUCCCACACAGGCCAGGGAAGUUCAGCUGCAUCUCUCGCCCCCUCUGAUCCGCUGCGUGCCCGCGAGCAGCAGCAACCCGUCCGUCUUCAUAUUCGAGCACAAAGCACAGUUUAUAUCCAGGUUUAUUCAUAACAGCCAUGACUUGUCUUAUUUUGCCUACCUUAUCAGAAGUCAGCCUGAGAACCCAGAGUCUGAGAUGGCAUGCCAUGUGUUUAAAGCAUGUGAUCCCAACCAGGUGCCUGAGGUUAUUAGCAGCAUCAGACAGGUGUCCAAAGCAGCUCUUAAGGAGGAAAGCAAGCCCAAGCAAGAAAGCGAUGAGUCUUUCUACAACUCCCAAAAGUUUGAAGUGCUUUACUGUGGAAAGGUGACCGUCAACCACAAGAAAGCCCCGUCCACUUUGAUCGAUGACUGCAUUGACAAAUUUCGCCAACAUGAGAUUGAACGUAAACGCUUGCGGCUACUCAAUGGGCAGCGGAACUCCACUGAAGCCCCUGUGGAGUUUAUUAUGGGCGAGGAUCCGUUAAGUUCAUCCCUCUGUGAAGUGGAUGAACCAGAAUCUGAGCCCAGCUUGACUGAGGAAGAGCUGUCUGAGGUGGGCAAUGGGAAACUGGACCUGGCGAACUCCUCCAGUACGGGCAGCCUGCGAGGGGCCUUUCCUGAGUGUAUCUUGGAGGACUCUGGGUUUGGGGAGCAGCAGGAGAUUCGGACGCGGUGUAACAGCCUGGCAGGUGGCCUGCAGAAAAGACCCAGAGAGGCUGGCAAAGGGACGACUAGGAGGAGACAUGCUAGCGCACCAAAUAACGUGCAGCCAUCUGAUGCCGACAAGAACCGCACAAUGCUUUUUCAGGUUGGACGUUUUGAAGUGAAUCUCAUAAGCCCCGACACCAAAAGUGUGGUUCUGGAGAAGAAUUUUAAGGACAUCUCUUCCUGUUCACAGGGUGUUAAACAGACAGAUCACUUUGGCUUUAUUUGUCGAGAUGUAGUGGAGUCUGGCCCUGCCCAGUAUGUGUGUUAUGUGUUCCAGUGCGCUAGUGAGUCUCUGGUGGAUGAAGUGAUGCUCACAUUGAAACAGGCCUUUACAACAGCAGCAGCUCUCCAGAGUUCCCAGAACCAAAUCAAGCUUUGCGAGGCUUGUCCAAUGCAUGACCUGCACAAGCUCUGUGAGAGAAUAGAAGGCUUAUAUCCUCCCAGAGCAAAACUAGCUAUUCAGAAGUACCUGUCCCAACUGAGUGACAACGAGCAGGUCAACAUAUUCGAGCAGGUGCAGAAAAUGAAGCCAGCGUCCGAUCAUGAAGAAAAUGAGCUUGUGAUUCUCCACCUCCGACAGUUGUGUGAGACCAAGCAGAAAUCUCAUGUUCACAUUGGAGAGGUUACUCAGAAUGUUUCUGGCAGCAGCGUGACCUCUGAUAACUCCAGCGCGGGUCGCAAUAAACUGGAUGUGUUCAAGAACAAAGCACGGAGCUCUCUGACCAGCUCCCUGGAGAACAUCUUCUCACGGGGGGCGAGCCGUAUGCGAAUGCGCCUGGGCAGCAUGGGUAGUUUUGACCGCCAGGGCGACUCCCCUGGCGACUCUCCACCCGGGACUCCACCCAGUUACCUUGAAGAAGACCCAGAUGCCCCACAGUUCCGGCGGCGGGCGCACACCUUCAGCCACCCGCCCAUCAAGAAGAAGAUCUCCUUCACUGACGUCUCCUCUCAGGCCAAUAAGGCUCCUCUGCGCCGCCAACAGUCUUUGGCCCCAGAGCUGCUGCAGAGCAGCACCGUUGGUUUCUCGAGAGUGCGCAGUGUCUCUGAGAGCGAGUCCUACUUCGGCCUCUCAUCCUCCUUCCACACCCCUACUUUCCUGAAAAGCUUUUACCAGGGUUCCCUUGGCUCGCUAGCCUCCCUGUCGGACAGCGGGAGUCUAAAGAGUGGUAAUGGCGAGGGCAGAAAGAGGUCUCUGUCAGGUUGCAGCACUGACUCUUUGACCCUGGUGCCUCCUCCGCGCAGAGUUUCUUGGCGGCAGAAGAUUUUCCUGAGGGUGGCGUCACCCAUGAACAAACCCUCUGAUUCGAUGCAAAACGUGGACCACAUGGACGGUCGGGAGCUGCUGCCACUUUCUCCUCGGGCACUGACUCAGGAUCAGGGGGAUCAGACGGGCCCUCAGUCCCCAGAGCAGUCCUCAGCCGGACAGAAGCGGAGCCCAGCUGACUACAGGGGCCUGUGGAAGAAAGCCAUCCACCAACAAAUUCUGCUCAUCAGAAUGGAGAAGGAGAACCAGCGCCUGGAAGAAGCCAGCCGUGAUGAACUGCACAUUCGUAAAAUGAAGCUGGAUUAUCAGGAAGUGUGUUCAUGCUCCAAAGAGUUGCAGGCACUGUGGGACAGGAAGCUGAGCAGCCCCUGCCGCACUAAAGUACAGUGGAACAAAGAGGAGAUACACAGUGCCGUUUGCCAGGGUGUGCCUAAAAGUCGGCGAGGUGAGGUUUGGCUCCUGCUUUCCCAGCAGCACCGUUUGCGUCAGCGUCUCCCACACCGUCAGCAGCCACCUGAAACUCCUUUCCAGGACCUCCUGAAGCAGCUCACAGCACAGCAGCACGCCAUCCUGGUGGACCUCGGCCGGACGUUUCCAACGCACCAGUAUUUUAGUGCUCAGCUGGGAGCCGGGCAGCUGUCUCUGUACAACCUACUAAAGGCUUACUCUUUGCUGGACACUGAGGUGGGCUACUGCCAGGGCAUCAGCUUUGUGGCCGGUUUGCUGCUGUUGCACAUGAGCGAGGAACAGUCUUUCGACACCCUCAAGUUCCUUAUGUACGACUUGGGUAUUCGCCGCCAGUACCGUCCCGACAUGAUCUCUCUGCAGAUCCAGAUGUACCAGCUGUCCCGUCUGCUGCACGACUAUCACCGUAACCUGUACUCCCACCUGGAUGAGCACGAGAUCUGUCCCAGCCUGUAUGCCGCACCCUGGUUUCUUACUCUCUUCGCCUCUCAGUUCCCACUCGGCUUUGUGGCCCGUAUUUUUGACCUUCUGUUUGUGCAAGGCACAGAGGUGAUUUUUAAGGUGGCGCUGUGUUUGCUGAGCAGCCACGAGGGAGAGAUACUGGAAUGCGACAGCUUUGAAAGUAUUGUGGACUACCUUAAAUCUACCAUCCCUACCCUCACUCACAGCCAGAUGGAGGAGAUCAUCACUAAGGCGAUUGAGAUGGACAUCUCUAAGCAGCUACAAGCGUAUGAAGUGGAGUAUCACGUCCUGCAGGAUGAGCUUUCAGAUGCUCCUCCACUGUCAGAGGACUCUGAUAGACUGGAUAAACUGGAGAAAGCCAAUACCCAGCUCAGGAAACAAAACAUGGACUUACUAGAGAAACUGCAGGCGGCUCGUUUGAAGAUUCAGACAUUGGAGAGUAGCGUUGAGAGUUUCCUGUCCCGCGAAAGCAAGAUGAAGCACCUGAUCCGCUCUCUGGAGCAAGAGAAAGCCUCCUAUCAGAAAACCAUCGAGCGUAUGCGUAACAGUUUACCAUCAGACACCACGGCUGAAGUGGAGAUGACACAACUCAAAUCCAGCACUAACGGCAAAGCCAAAGCUGCAUGUAACAAACCUUAAAGCUCCGUCCAACUGACUGAUGCAACUUAUACUGUAGGUACAUUAGAAGAGCAUCAGUCUGCUUCUUCCUCUUUUGUGUUCCAAUCGUUCUUCACCUUUGGCCUAAUCAAUCUGGAAACGUUUGACACCUUGCAGCCGCACUAAAAAAGUAAAACGAUACGCAAGUGUUGUCUUUCCAAAGAGCAGCAUGACUAACCCCAUUGCAUUAAUGUCCACAUGUGACUUUUUACGUUCACUGUGAACUUCUUUUUGACCUGGCACUCCGAACCAGGAGUUUGGAGGAAACCAAAUAUUUACCAGGUCAAAUUUUUGCUGAAAGUGCUUCACCUAAAGUACAGGCAGGAAGUGAAACCAUCUGCUGCUGGCUUUCUCUGCAACUUACAAACUGUCCUGUUUGUUCCUAUUUUGCAGCUCAUGGGGCUUCGAGUGACUCCCUGUCUGAAAACAUGAAGGGAAACUUGUCUUAAACCGUUGCACAGAUUUCUGUGUGUGCCUGAAGAUCUUGUCGGAUACUAUGCCAUAAAGAUGUGUGUAUACAAUCUUUCAAACUCAGUGGGUCGCCUUCAAUCCUUUUAGCAUAGUCCAUUUUUUUUUUUUCAACAGUCACUUGAUUUUUUUGUGUCGCACCAACUGUACUUGACAUCUGCGCACAUUUUUGUAGCAUUGAUCUCAAAUUGUCUUUUGAGGACGGCGCACGAAAAGAACAUUUGAUGGGAAGCUGUCAGAAUUCAUGAAGAUGUCAAAGGCUAAAGCGUUCAUUUCCUUUGUCAUACAUUUUUGGGCCUUUAGGCACGUGAGCCUAAUACAACAAAAAUGACACUGAUUCAAAUCGCCUGAUGGUGGCCAAAUAAGAUUGUACAGGAAUCAUGUCUAACCAUGUGAAUGUAAAAUUUAAGCAAGAAUAUCUACUUGAACACUCAUUCUUGUUCGUCUGUCUUCAGAUUGUCUGAUUGUCAACACUGAAUCACAACUUGCCUCA